AUGGAUACAUCCCGCCAAAUCACUGGAAACUUCUCACCUUCAAGAGCCAUGGACGAAGACGAGAUUGCGGUGGACCCCGACUUCCAUGAAGUCGUAAAUUCCUACGAACCGAGCGACUUUCGCUCUGAGACAUGCAGUCUGGCCUCGACCAUCUAUCGCGGGGUCAUGGAAAAUGGCAGACGGGGCCCGUCAGACGAUUUACAAUUCGAGACAUAUGAAGCAGGUCACUUGGUGGCGCUCGUCAUGGACUCAGAAGCACCCAAUCCGCUGUUGCAAGCGCCGGUCGAAAAUCCAAUGGUAUCACUGGCCCUUGCCCAAUCGUCGCGACGAAAGCUCGAUCUAACAAAGGUUAAUAAAAGCAUAUCCUCGAUAUCGGCACAGGGCGCGGAAGCUGGGCCGUCCAUUAUUCGCGGUGUUGAUCUCUAUCCGCCACCUGUAGAGUGGGUGCCACCAAACUGUCUCUUCGAGUUAGACGACGUACUUGAGGAAUGGACCUGGAAAGAGCCGUUUGAUCUCAUUCAUAUGCGGCUCAUGCUAGGCGCCUUUACACCCGCCGAAUGGGAUUCUGUCUACAAACAAUGCUACGAUAACCUCAAUCCGGGUGGUUGGCUGGAACAAAUGGAAAGUGAUUGUAACAUCCUAACCGAUGAUAAUUCGAUUCCUGAGGAUAGCAUGCUGAACUCUUGGGGAGAGAAUAUCAUCGGGUCCGCAGCAAGAUCCGGCCGCCCCGUGGAAACCGUGGAUACAAUGCGAUCCGCUAUCGAGAACGCCGGAUUUGUUGAUAUCCAUGAGAAAGUGUAUAAAUGGCCGAUCGGGAUGUGGCCCAAGGACCCCGUCCUCAAGGAGGCGGGUCGUUUAAAUCAUCAAAUGUGGAAAACCGGGCUGGAAGGAUGGGCCAUGUGGCUGCUCACAAAAUUCGGGAACCCAGAGCCAUGGACUAUGGAGCAAGUUCAUGUUUAUGUAGCUAAGGCUCGAGCCGACAUAUUGAAUCCCCAGCACCACGUCUACCACUACUCGCGAAGAAUAUGGGCUCGCAAACCCACGAAUGAAGAAAUAAUUAAACCUCAUACAACGAUGUUUGAAAGACCGUUGUCUGAGGAUCCGCUGAUGUUGUCGCCAGCGCCCGCUGAAGCGUCGGUGACCAGGGACUUAUCUACGCUGAAAAUUAGAGACGAAGAUCCCUUCUGA